CCAUAUUUGUUUUAUAAAUAUUAGUUAUAAGGAAUUUAUUGUAACACUAGAAAAUAUUAUAUUAAUAUUUAGAAAGUAACCAUUAAUACUGUAAAUUUCAUGUUAAUUAUAUCCUUAAUUGUUAAUGACAUUAUUCCUAAUAAAAAGGGAUCUGACUACUGAUUCAGUGGUCAGUGUUCAAUCAAUGAAUGUUACAUUAUAAAUGUUAUUAUUUUGACUCUUCCUGACAACACUUAUCCGCGUGAUCGAACUUGGACUUGAACACUCAGUACAUCACAUAGAAAUUGGCAUCUCUGGAAAAUUUGGUUCAAUGGGACACCACUACAAAAUCGUAACAAAGAAUUGGCAAGACAACCUAAAAUCGGCGUUUUGGGAUCAAUAAUUGAAAAAUAUGAAAUAUUUAUUUUUCGCGGCUUUUUUCUGAACUGGAGUUCAUUAUUAUAUUCGAUAUGUACUCACGUUCGCGUCUAUAUUUGGAGUAUUUCCAGUUAGUGGUAUUUAUAAAAAAGACGUUUAUAAACUUUCAUUCAAAUGGUUUUCCCCUGUUGCUAUUUAUUCGAUGUUUCUUUUUUGCGGAUUUGCAUCUAUAGAGAUAUUUUCUUUGGAUUAUACCAUAAGGAAUUUAAAUCAAGAUAAUUUAACCGCUAAAGGGGGAAUAAAAAAAGCUACGUCAGGAAGUAUAUUUUAUGGAAAUGCCUGUUGUGCACUUUGGAUGUUUAUAAAAUUGGCAAAAAAAUGGCCAAAGAUAAUGAGUGAUUGGCGUUCUGUAGAAAUUUCUAUGAAAAGAUAUGGUGCUCCCAUGCUUGGGUGGAAAUCAACAACUUUAGCUAUGAUUUUGCUUAUACUUGCAUUUACUGAACAUGGUUUACAUAAUUGGUUAAAUACGAGGCCUGGUGGAAAAGAUGACAUAGCUGCUAUGUCGCUGUUAGAUAAUGAUGUUAAUACCAGCUUUGUAUUAAUUGAUCAAUCGGUAACAUUUAAAGGGUAUCUAGAACGAUUUUCUUUGAAAACACAUUGGUAUCUUUAUGAUGACUAUACUAGUUACAAUACUGUAAAAGGAUUUUUAGUCAUGUGGUUAAGUAUAUCAGCCACGUUUCUUUGGAAUUUCACAGAUUUAUUUAUUAUGUUAGUCAGUUCAGCUCUAGCGGCUCAGUUUAAAAAGUUAACUACGGCGUUGCAUAGUGUUAGAGGUCAAAUACUAACAAUGUCACAAUGGAGAGAAUAUCGCGAAACUUAUACAUCUUUAACUCAUUUAGUAAAAAAAAUGGAUGAUCAUAUCAAUGUUAUAGUAGCUUUGUCAAUUGGCAGUAACAUAUAUUUCAUUUGUACUCAACUUAUUACUGAAAUUGAUUCAAUGAAGCAUAGUUAUUUUAGAACUCUUUUCUAUAUGUACUCAUUUUCAUUUUUGGUAUUUCGUACAACAGUGGUAGUUAUGCAAGCGUCAGCUAUAAAUGAUGAAAGUAAAAAAAUUAUUCCAGAAAUUUUUCUAUGUCCAACAUACAGCUACAGCAUUGAAACUCAAAGAUUUUUGCAAGAAGUUACUUCAGAUUAUGUAGCAUUAACUGGAUUAAAAAUGUUUUCGAUAACUAGGAAUUUGCUAUUGGGUGUUAUAGGAGCAAUUUUAACCUAUGAAAUUGUUCUUAUUCAACUUCAAAAUACAAAGUAAUAAUUAUAAAUACUGUUUAUAAAUACAUGUAUUUUAUAUACCUUUACACUUAUA